GGCGGCGAAUCGAGCCACAAACGUCACGCACAAACUCGUUGCCACAAACACGAUUCGUCAACUCACAAUCAGUAGUGCGCCGGACCUCAGUGCCGUCAGAUGUACUAUCAGAGCAAUCAAGGCAUUUGAUACUGAAGUAAUUAAAGUCCUCGUAGUGUUAUCAUUGCCUAGUAUCAAUACUGUUAUGAUUUCAUACCCAUUACUCGAUUAAUUAUUUACACCGAACGUAUAUUCUAACGUUGUACAAACAUGUCAGACGACGAAAUGGAGAGUUUUGAAAUAACAGAUUACGAUUUGGACAAUGAAUUUAACAUCGGUCGACCUCGACGAAAAAUGUCAAAGAAGCAGCAAAUGCUGGGUAUCUGGGCUGACGACAGCGAUGGAGAAGAAGUUCCAGCAAGACCUUCUUUUAAAACGUUCAACAGAGGACCAAAGAAUUAUACAGCACCAGUGAAUUUUGUAGCUGGGGGCAUUCAGCAGGCUGGAAAACCAAAAGAGGAAUCGAAAGAGUCAGAUGAAGACAAAGAAGAUGAUGAGGGUGGUAGGCCAAAACGAGGCGAUGCUGAUUAUGUUCCUAAUAGCUCUAGUGAAUCAGAAGAAGAAAAAGCAAGUUUUUCGAGAGCUAAACCAUCAUUUUCUCUCAAUCUCGAAGGCGAUAUUGCAGGCUUGAGGAAAAAAAGAACUCCAAUUAAUCCAGCACUGAUGAAAGCAGGAGUUGGAAGCUGGGAAAUGCACACAAAGGGGAUAGGAGCAAAACUUUUACUUCAGAUGGGUUUUGAACCUGGUAAAGGUUUGGGAAAGAAGUUGCAAGGUAUAAUGGCUCCAGUCGAAGCUCAUCUCCGCAAAGGCCGAGGAGCUAUUGGGGCUUAUGGUCCGGAAAAAAUAUCCAAAGUACCUGAAAAGAAAAUAGAUGAAGACAUUGAGGAAGAAAAAGAGUUCAAGGCUAAAUUGUCUCAAUGGAGAAAGGGGGAAGUAGUUAAUAAAAAAAAAGUGAGAUAUGUUUACCGGAGUGUUGAUCAGGUCCUGGAAGAUGGAAAAUUGAAACCAAAUAGGAAAGUGCAGCUAAACAGUGAGAUGAGCAAAGUGAAAGUAAUUGAUAUGACUGGCCCAGAACAACGAGUACUAAGUGGUUAUCAUGCAAUUAGUGGAGGACAGCAGCGUCCAGAUGAAACAAUUGUUACAGUUGAUAAGAAAUCGACCGUGAAUUACGCCUUACCCGAACUCCGACACAAUCUGAAUUUACUGGUAGAUUUGUGUGAGCAAGACAUCAUCCAAAAUGAUAGACGCACCCGACACAUGGCUGACCGAGUCAUAGCUUUAGAAGCGGAAAAAGCUAACUUGACUAAAAUUGUCGAGCAGCAUGAACAGCUAACAAAUACCUUAGAUAAUGUACUGACAAUAGUUGAUCAAUUAAUGGAUCAAACAAACGACUUAUCACUGGAAGAAACUGCUGAAGCCUUCAAAGACCUACAAGAUAAAUAUUACGAAGAGUAUAAAAUGUACGAACUGGGAGAACUAGCUACCAGCUUAGUUGGCCCUAAGGUCAAAGACUUUUUAGCAACUUGGAACCCUUUGACCCACCCAAAACUCCCAAUUCCCCUGUUCAGACAGUGGAAAAAUAUUCUAGAAAGUGGACGGAGCACUUUGCAAACUGGAGCCCUUCAACCAUAUGAUCAACUCGUUUGGAAUGCCUGGAUGCCAUCUGUGCGCGGUGCUGUACAACAGUGGGCUUGUCGGCAACCAGAACCCCUUGUGGAAUUGCUUGAGCAGUGGAUUCCACUUCUACCAGGAUGGAUUCUUGAAAAUAUAUUAGAUCUACUCAUUUUGCCCAAGUUGACUUUGGAAGUUGAGGAAUGGAAUCCUCUUACCGAUACUGUGCCGAUUCAUACCUGGAUUCAUCCUUGGUUACCGUUAAUAGGUAAUCGCUUAGAUACGGCAGUAUAUCCGAUUAUUCGUCGUAAGCUGGGUUCUGCAUUGGGUGGAUGGCAUCCUUCGGAUCGAUCAGCUAGAUUAAUGCUACAGCCUUGGUCGCAGGUUUUCAAAAAAGGAGACAUGGAAGCUUUUCUAGUAAAGAAUAUUAUUCCCAAGCUACAAGUGGUUUUAGCCGAAUUUGUGAUUAAUCCACAUCAGCAACAUCUGGAUCAAUGGAACUGGGUUUUUGAAUGGAAUGAAAUGCUUCCAAUUCAUACAAUGGCAGGACUGCUAGACAAAUUCUUCUUCCCUAAGUGGCUGCAAGUUUUAGCCCUCUGGUUAAAUCAUUCACCAAAUUACGACCAAGUCACUAACUGGUACAUGGGAUGGAAAGGCAUGCUAAGCGACAAACUGCUAGCUGAGCCUCAGAUAAAAGAAUACUUCAAGAAGGCUCUAGACAUGAUGAACAGAGCUGUAGCUUUGCCUCAGGGACAUCAACCUGGGGCAAUGGAGCAAGUGUCAUACCUGACAAAUCUUGAAAGAACAGCUCUUCCUACUCCUACACCAGCUACGCAACCUAGGAUGGAGAGAAUCGCAGAAGCUGUUAGAACAGCCUCACAAAUUCCCCAGGGCUUUAAGGACCUCAUUCAAAAACGGUGUGAAGAAAGAGGAAUUCUAUUCAUGCCCAUUCCAAAUAGAUACCGGGAGGGUAAACAAGUCUACAAGGUCGGUAAUGUCCAAGCUUACAUCGACAGAAAUGUUGUCUUUGUUUGUCACAAUGGUUCAACGUGGGCACCGACUCAUUUGAACGCAUUGGUUGACAUGGCUGAGAUCUGAAAUUCCCCAAUUUGUACAUAAUACUUCGUCAGACAUUCAAGAAGUAAUAGAGAUAAGGUAAAUUAAAUCAAUGCACCCAA